UACACCAUGAUCAAUGGAAACAUAUAAACCCCCCUCAAACUCCAACGUUCAAGCAAAAUCUACUCCCUUCAGGACAAAAUUUGUGUGUUUUGUCCUUUCAUCUGAGAGAGAGAGAGAGAGACAUUCUGAUGCUCUGAUUACGCUCACGAACGCGCCAGUGCUGUCGUGCGCGUGCACCAGACAUCUGUCACACUGUGACGAGUUUCUGGCUCAUCUGAUGCACAAGAGCAGAGUGGAUCUUCACGUGCACGGGGAAACAUUCACGCACUCCACCAAAGCUGGAUCAAGACGUCCGAAACCCUCCAAACUUCCACUGGGCCGGGCCAGCAGGCCAGCAACCCCCGAUCUGGACCGAUGUGCUGGCCGAGAUGUCGCGACACAUUUAUAUUCGGAAUAAGAUCGGCGAGGGCAUCCAAGCGCCUAUAUUUCAGGUGAACAGGGGAACAUAUUCACGGCGCAGUCGACUGAAAAGGUCUGACGGCAGCACCACCUCCACCAGUUUUAUCCUGAGACAGGGUUCAGCUGAUUCCUACACUAGCAGGCCAUCUGACUCAGAUGUGUCGUUGGAGGAGGAGAGGCCGGAGGGGGGUAGUCAGGGUCGGCAGGAGCGAGAACAGCAGGCUACACUGCAGCUGGAGAGGGCAAAGGCCAAAGCGGUGGCCUUUGCCGUGAAGACUAAUGUCAGUUAUUGUGGUGCGCUGGAUGAAGACGUGCCUGUGCCAGGAACUGCCAUAUCAUUCGAUCCAAAAGACUUCCUGCAUAUCAAAGAGAAGUUUAAUAAUGACUGGUGGAUUGGAAGGCUGGUGAAGGAAGGCUGUGAGAUUGGUUUUAUCCCCAGCCCCCUGAAGCUGGAGCACAUCAGAGCACAGCUGGAACAGAAAAAAAGCCGUGUGCAAGGUAAGUCCAGUGGAAGUUCCUCCUCCAGUUUGGGGGAUGUGAUGUCAUCAGGCAAACAGAAACAGAAAGUGACUGAAUAUGUGACUCCAUAUGAUGUCGUGCCUUCCAUGAGGCCUGUGGUUCUGGUCGGUCCAUCCUUGAAAGGAUAUGAGGUAACUGAUAUGAUGCAGAAAGCUCUAUUUGAUUUCUUGAAACAUCGGUUUGAUGGCAGGAUAACGAUCACACGUGUGACGGCAGACAUCUCUCUGGCAAAGAGAUCAGUGCUUAAUAAUCCCAGCAAGAGAGCCAUUAUCGAGCGCUCAAAUACCAGAUCCAGUCUUGCUGAGGUACAAAGUGAGAUUGAGCGCAUAUUUGAACUGGCUCGCUCACUCCAGCUGGUUGUGCUGGACGCAGACACCAUCAACCAUCCCGCUCAACUGAUGAAGACUUCACUUUCACCCAUUAUCGUCCAUGUCAAAGUGUCCUCGCCAAAGGUCCUUCAGAGGCUCAUCAAGUCCAGAGGAAAGUCUCAGAGUAAACACCUCAAUGUACAGCUCGUAGCAGCCGAUAAACUAGCACAGUGUCCUCCGGAGAUGUUUGACAUCAUCUUGGAUGAGAAUCAGUUGGAAGAUGCAUGUGAGCACCUGGCUGAGUAUCUUGAGGCAUAUUGGAAGGCCACCCACACCUCCAGCAGCACCCCACUCAACCCAUUGCUGGGCAGAAACCUUGGCCCUGCCGCCCUGGCCCCUUACACUACGUCUGCCAUCUCCGGUUUGCAGAAUCAGCAAGGGCAAAAAACACGUCAAGCCAACCACACCGGAGACCACUCCACCCCCAAUGAACGCCGCAACCUGAUGACCUCAGACGAGAACUACCACAACGAGCGAGCGCACAAGGGACGAAACCGGGGCUCCUCUGGCUCGCAGCAUGGCAGCAGUGGUCGAGACCACAACUACGUGGAAGAGCAGCAGGGCUACCAGGACCCCUACCAGGACACCUACAAGCCCCACCGCAACCGCAGUUCCCCAGGCAGCUACAGCCAGGACUCACGACACCGUCUCUGAGCCACCUUGCCCUGUCUAAUCCUCCAAGCCUGAGCCACAGAGCCACCAAGCCAAGAUGGCUUCUGUCCAGAAUUGUAUACAUCUUCCAUUAUGUUGGGGGGGUGGGGGGGUAGUCAUCUGAACAAAGCAUUUCCAUCUGCUUACACAAGGGCAAAUUGUUUGCCUGGGGAAAAUGGGACUUUUCAACAUGCAAUGGAGCAGCAACUUGAUCGUUGUUAUGCUUUCACAUGAUAAAAUGCUUGUUGAAUUUUUGGUUUGUCUAUUCUGUUGUAAAGGGCAGGUUUUAAGCCGAACCAAGCAACCAUUUACCUUAAAAUAUAAUGGAAUGAUUGGUUUGCCUUUAAAAGCAAAAAUUCAAUGAAGCUAGCAAUGGCAGAGAAUCAGAGAAUCUAAGUUUCUACGGGGAUAUACAGCAUCCCUGAAAACUGAAUUAGAAGCUCAGUUGGUCUUUAUGUCAUUAUUGCCGGCAUGUUACCUUAUUGCAUGCUUCCCCGUUCAUUAGUGCAUAACAUCAGCAGACAGACCAUAGGUUUGUGGCGUGAUCUUUGCUCAUCAUAAGCAGGCCCUGAGAGAGUACAGUGGCUGACAAAAUGGAAAAUGUCAAUGAUGUAACACAAAUCUACUGCCAGCUGUCUUUUGUUACAGAGAUUGAGUCUUAAAUACCAUGAUCAUGGAGUUUUCCAAAGCUGCUGGAUGUUAGGCCGUAGAAUUUCCAAAUAAUUUCCACAUAACAUCAGGACUCCUACUGUAGAUUCAGCCACACAAUAUUACAGCCAAACGUCGUAGACAGGCAUCUGUGCAGUUCAGCAUGAUCCUACCAUCCAUGAGAGCACUGCAUCCUAGUCCAUGGACACAUUUGUUAUCAGGCAUUAUUUUCUAGUUAGGAAGACAGCUUAAAAAGAUGCUCAUAGGAAUGCUGAACAAGUGUGAUCAAGGCCUCAGUAGAGUUAGCAACCAUUAACCUUUUAUGAUUCAUUUUCAUCGUUUAUGAGCCCAUCGUUAAGCUGAAAUGAUGGCACUUUGAAGCAUUGUAAUUUAGAUUGAUCCAUCUUUUCUCAAGGGUGCUUGGUGUCUAAAAAAAACAGAUAUUUUGUUCUCAACACUAAAUGUAGUUAUACAAUGAACAGGUCACAUUAGUUCUGAUUCUUUAGGAGUGAAUGGCACCCUGUGUGCCACCCUGCCAACUGGAGCAAGCGAUACACAGAGACUACAGACUAAACCCGUAAAGAGUCAAUCUUCUUCUCUUAUGUUUUCAAUGUGAAAGGGACUGGCAGAGGACAUGUAGAUCGUCAGCAUAUGGAAGAAGUUCAGACACAGACCUGAAACUUAAAGACCCAAGGCCCUGGAAAACCAUGGAUUCCCUCGCCUGCAUAUUCUCGCCUUACUGAUUUAUGCUAGUUUGUGCGUUUUCAAAAAACAAACAAAAAAAAUUUAAGAAACUCUGAAAAUCUAAGGACAGCAGUUCAAACGAGUAUUUCUGUAUGCAUUUGUCUAUUGAGCAUGCUUAUUUGUUAAUAAUAUAAUGAGGUUGAAUGAACGUGGAAUUUGGCAGUUGAUGCCCAUUUGAACAUGACCAAACAGAAGCUUCAUCUCUGAAUAUGCUGCCGGAGACAAUCAGAUGGAUCUUCCCUGUAAAACCGGAACGUUGUUCAUCUCCUCGUCAUUUUGCUCUCUCCUGUUUCAAAGCAGCUUCAUAUGAGCUCCAGUUAAAAGAAUACAAAUUUGUCCAUUUUGCCCUUUUUUUUCUUUUUUUUUUGUGAAUAUUGACAAAGUUAGAAAUGCAAAAUUGCAUGCAUAUAAUUUUAAUUUUAAAAAUGUUUGAAGGAAAAAAAUGUUUUAUGGAAAAUUAUUGUGUAUAAGGCAAAUCGAGCAGUAUUUAAGUUCUUUUACAAAACAGAAAAGAAGAAAAAUAAAUGGACAUUUUGAA